AUGCUUCAGCACCUCAGACAAAGUGAUAUACAGGACAAGUCAUCCCACAGCAUCACACUCAAGAUCCCACACCACUGCACCCCAGUCACACUCAAGAUCCCACACCACUGCACCCCAGUCACACUCAAGAUCCCACACCACUGCACCCUAAUCACACUCAAGAUCCCACACCACUGCACCCUUAUCACACCCAAGAUCCCACACCACUGCACCCCAAUCACACUCAAGAUCCCACACCACUGCACCCCAGUCACACUCAAGAUCCCACACCACUGCACCCCAGUCACACUCAAGAUCCCACACCACUGCACCCCAAUCACACUCAAGAUCCCACACCACUGCACCCCAGUCACACUCAAGAUCCCACACCACUGCACCCCAGUCACACUCAAGAUCCCACACCACUGCACCCCAAUCACACUCAAGACCCCACAUCACUGCACCCCAGUCACACUCAAGAUCCCACACCACUGCACCCCAGUCACACUCAAGGUCCCACACCACUGCACCCCAAUCACACUCAAGACCCCACAUCACUGCACCCCAGUCACACUCAAGAUCCCACACCACUGCACCCCAGUCACACUCAAGGUCCCACACCACUGCACCCCAAUCACACUCAAGACCCCACAUCACUGCACCCCAAUCACACUCAAGACCCCACACCACUGCACCCCAGUCACACUCAAGAUCCCACACCGCUGCACCUCAAUCACACUCAAGGUCCCACACCGCUGCUCCCUAAUCACACUCAAGAUCCCACACCACUGCCCCCUAAUUACACUCAAGAUCCCACACCACUGCACCCCAAUCACACUCAAGGUCCCACACCACUGCACCCUAAUCACACUCAAGAUCUCACACCACUGCACCCCAAUCACACUCAAGAUCCCACACCACUGCACCCUAAUCACACCCAAGAUCCCACACCACUGCACCCUAAUCACACUCAAGAUCCCACACCACUGCACCCUUAUCACACCCAAGACCCCACACCACCGCACCCAAAUCACACUCAAGACUUUCACUAGGUAUAUGGUCUUGUUGCAAACUUAG